GUGUAAAUAACGCAAGUUAGCCUUUCACUUGACUUGUUGGAGGUGAUGUGAUCAAAACACUGCUAAAUGAAAUGGUUUUUCUAAGUAGUUUUCGAUCAGUUCGUGCAAGGGGCCCAGAUAAAUUUUGGAGAAAGAAGUUUAUUUUCGACCAGUCAACACAUUUCUAUGGAAGAAGGCGAAAUUGUUAUCGUGUGGCAGUGAGGGCAGUGCAACGAGCAUGGCAAUUCAGUUUUAGAAGCCGUAAAGUCAAGAAAAGAUCAAUUCGUGAGCUUUGGAAUAUGCGUAUCAGCGCUGCAGCCCGAGAGCACGGUAUGAGAUAUUCAUCAUUCAUGGCAAAUAUUUCUAGGUGCAACAUUCGAAUUGAUCGUAAGAUGUUAUCAAACCUCGCCAUAUUUGAGCCUAGGUCCUUUCAGAGUUUAGUUGAGUUAGCGAAAGAAAAACAAGAGGAAACAUUAAUACAACAGCUGAAAAAUAAUCCGGAUGUUCUGAUCCAUCGCUUAAACACCCAAGAAGACUUACUGUCUGAAGGUCUGCAAAGCCUAGAAGUCAAAGGUUCUGUAUUAGGAGGAGGCAAGCAGCUAGCUGAUGGCACACCAGUAUGAAGGUGCAUGAAUAUGGAUAUUUUGGUGGUAAAACACAUGUUUGUAUGAUCAUGACAUGAACACUUGCUUCAUUUGAAGAAUGUAUGUAAAGAAGAGGACAUUCAGUGUACAGUGCCUUCCUAUUAGGACAUGCCCUGGGUUUGUAAACCAGUUUCUUAUAGAGACAAUCAUUAACAGGACACCAUGACUGUGUUCACACCCAAUGAGAUGGGUAUUAUUUUCGAAGACACCACAACAAUCUUUAAAUAUGCAAUUGAAACAAUAAAAAAGGUCUAAUCUGAAUA